UCUGGGCGAAGUUGUCGUUUUGCGCCUCAAAAGUUGGAUCAGCUCGCGAGCAGUUUCCUUGCCGACGGAAGGAGCUCCCGGGCCGCCUUCUGACCCGCUGCACUUGCUGCGGCUCAGUUUACUCGCUUUCCUCGGAGAGUGCCUUCAUUUAACUAGACAUUGUGCUGAAUAAGUUCAUUCGUGAAGCCAAAAACAAUCUGAAAGAAAAACAACGCGCAUGCGUUGUCCAAGGAACUCCUUUUAUCAGAAGUUUGUGUCGAGCUUGGGAAGGAAAGUCACCUGGAGAGAGAAUCCGGAUAAGGAAUGGAAGUACUUCCUAACGCCUGACCGGUUCCAAGAGCAGAGUCCCCUUCUUUACAGAGGAUUCUAAUUUAGCCAAAAGUGUGGUUCCAAGGAGACGACAUGAACUUAGAGCAGUUAGCUGAGCAAGCUGGAGAAGCUCCUCUGGAUCUCAAUCACCCAUUUUAUGAUGUGGCAAGACAUGGAAUAGUCCAGGUAGCAGGUGAUGAUAAUUAUGGAAGGAAACUUGUUAUUUUUAGCUGCUGUCGAAUGCCUCCUUCCCAUCAACUCAACCACCGGAAGUUGCUAGAAUACCUGAAGUACACACUGGAUCAGUAUGUUGAGAGUGAUUACAUUCUAGUUUACUUUCACUAUGGCCUGAAAAGCAGCAACAAGCCAUCUUUAAGCUGGUUGCAGAAUGCCUACAAGGAAUUUGACAGAAAGUACAAGAAAAAUCUCAAAGCUCUUUAUGUUGUACAUCCAACAAACUUUAUCCGAGUUCUCUGGAAUAUUUUUAAGCCACUUAUAAGCCAUAAAUUUGGAAAGAAGGUUAUUUAUGUAAAUUACUUAAGUGAACUAAGAGAACAUCUCAAUUAUGAUCAACUCAUCAUUGCCCCAGAAGUGAUCAGAUAUGAUGAAAAAUUGAGAGCUUCCCAAAAGGGAGGAGUGCCCCAACCAACAAGGACUCCCCCACCCCGACCUCCCCUUCCGCAGCAGCAGUUUGGAGUUAGUCUGCAGUAUCUCCGAGACAAAGGAAAUGGAGAACUUAUUCCUCUGGUAAUGAGGCAGACAGUGCAGUUCCUGAAACAAAAUGCACUUCAAACUGAAGGAAUAUUUAGACGAUCAGCAAACGUUCAGAUCAUAAAGGAAAUCCAGAAACAAUAUAAUCUGGGAAAACCCAUCACAUUUGAAGAAUAUGGCGAUGAGCACAUUCCUGCUGUUAUCUUAAAAACUUUCCUCCGGGAGCUUCCACAGCCACUUCUAACCGCUCAGAUUUAUGAUCAGGUCCAAAGCAUUGCAACUGUUGAAAGCAGUCUGCGUGUAACUCGCUGCAAGCAAAUAAUGCAGAAACUUCCAGAACAUAACUACAUUGUUGUGAAGUACUUGAUGUGCUUUCUUAACAUGGUAUCCCAAGAGAGCAUUUUUAAUAAAAUGAACCCCUCAAACCUGGCAUGUGUCUUUGGAGUGAACCUUAUCUGGCCCCCAAAAGGACCUGCAACACUGCAUGCCCUUCCCCCAAUAAACAUGUUUACUGAGCUACUUAUUGAGUACUAUGGCCAAGUUUUCAGCUCCAGGAUUCUGCCCAAUGAGGUGUUACCAUAAAUGCACUUCAAAAACUGCAAAUAACUUUGACCUAUGACUAUUACCAUCUCUAAGAAUGUGGAGAACAAGUGCAAGAGAAUGGCACCACCUGCAACUUCCCUUCCAAGCCAUACACCAUUCUGACUUAGAAAUAUAUUUGUGGCACUUCAUCAUCACUGCAUCCAAGUCCUGAGGUUUCCUACCCAGCAGUACAGUGGAGUAUCUUCAUCAGAUGGACUGCUGCUGUUCAAAUUGCAGCUAGUAUUACUACGUUCUCAAGUUUGGAUGAAAAAUGCUGGUCUUGCCAGACAUCCACAUACAUCAAAUGAAUUUAAAGAAAGACCCUCAUUCUUUACCAAGGUGCACAGCUGAAGAACACUGGAUAGGGAUCAGAGUUAUAAUGCAUUCCUGCCCAUUUUUGCUCAUGUCACAUCUUCUGUUGGAUGUCACUUUAUAAUGUUGGCUAUUAUAGAACAAGACAAUAGAACCGUGGAAUAAAGGAGGCCAUUCAUCUCCCGUCAAUGCCAACUCUCUGCUGAAAUAAUCCCAAACUAAUUUGGCUGCCCUGCCCUCUCCCCAAAAUUGUAUCUUUCUCAAUUUCACAUGUUCUAUUUUUUUUUCUUUAAAAGGCAAUGGUUUUCACUUCAGUUACUACCCUGACAAAUUGAAUUUCCCCUAACUUAGUGAGAUUUUGAAAUGGUGACCUGUUGACACCAACCCAGGUAAGCAGUCCAAUCAAGGGCAACCCAAAUUAGAACCCCAACUGUCCUCUCCAAUCCUGCUAAAAUAAUUCUGAAACGUCAACUCCCUCAUGUCUAGAAGCAUUAUCCCUGAUUCUAUUCUGUACAUAUCCUUUAACUUAAAAGCCUCUUUGAUAAAGAAAAUGUCUAAAACUGUGCACAACAGUAUGACUAAAGUCUUAACCAGUACUUUGGACUAAUUAUUCCUGUUCUUGUAAUGACAACUUAGGAACCACAUCAUUUUACAGUAUGUAUUUGUAACCUGACACUUUGCAGCAAGUAAAACAAAUUGCUGCAUUAUCUCAUACUAUAAGCCUAAAUUUUAGUCACUGACUCAUGUGAUAUCUUAAUCAAACUUCUUUAAAAUAUCUAUAUACAUUACCUUUUUAUCCCCUUUGCAGACAACUUGAACACUUCUAACGAAGUUACAUUUAAUCAAGCCGAACUUGUCUUGAACCAUGCUGGUUUACUUCAAUUAUUUAUAAAUACUCACUAAAUUAAACUCAAAUUAUGGAUUCUGAAAGUCUGUCCAGAUGUGACACUACAUCACCUUGUUUACCGUUAUCUAGCUUGUUGUCCUCUCCCUUUUGAACCUAUAUUAGAUUCACCAUUGGAACUAAUCUCUCUCUUUGCUGACUUCAUUCAACAACUUGAGAUGCAUUCCACUAAGACUUGGUGACCAUCCAUUUAGGCCUGGAUUUUUAAUUUUAGAACUUAUUUUUAAAGUUUCUUUAGUGCAGUAAUGUUUAAUAAUUGUCAUAUAUUGUGGGCUUCUGCUUUGAUCAUUAGCGCUUUGGUAAUGCUGCAGGAUCACAAAAUGCUUCAACUUCCACUCUGAGGAGUGAAAUAGUCAAAUCAAAAAGAAAAAGUUGACACGUAAUGCCACACCUCAGAUUUCCAAUGUCUGCAGUUUGUUUUUGAUUUUAUUAGUAGGCAGAAGUGACUAUCAUGAAAGCUACCUGCUCUUUAAGCUGCUGCAAAUAUCUAAAUCACAGCUGCAGCUACUCCCCGAGCCUUUCAUUCAAAAGCAACAAGAUUCCAAAUAGGAAAACAUUCAUACUUUCAAGACUGGAGGCAACCAUAUAGUACACUGGAAAUGAAUUCAAUUCCUCUCAUCCAAAACCACCUUCUACAAG